AUGUUUGGGCUUGAAGAGAUAAUGAAAACGAAGCUGGCUGAUGACGACGUGAAUUCGGUCGAUGUGCACGGCAAUACCCCACUAGCAUUUGCGUCAGCUUACGGAAAGGACGCGAUAGUACACCUUCUUCUUGAGAAUGGUGUUGACAUCGACCCAAGAAACAACUACCAGCUAACGCCCUUGGCAUUGGCAGUGGUCAAUGGGAGGGAGGGAGUCGUCCAAGCACUCGUUGAUGCCGGCGCGGAUAUCGAGACCAGAGGCUCAUACGGGCAUACUCCGUUGCAUAGGACGGGAAGGAGAACGUCUACACACAUAGCGAGGAUUCUGAUUGAGAAUGGUGCAGAUACCGAAGCUGAGAACGACAAUCGUCGCACACCUCUCGCAUAUGCAGUAAUCAAUAAUCAGCUGGACAUGGCGCAGCUCCUACUGGAGAAGGGUGCCAUGAUUGAGAGUAUACACUUCAAUGGCGGGCCACAACGGGAACUUGACUGGCACGGAAUAUCAGAUGAAUUGGUGAACUUGUUGCUUGCACAUGGUGCAGACAUCGACAGCAAGGAUGAUAUGGGGCGGUCGCUACUGUUUGAAGCAGCACAACACGGAAACACAUCGCAACUGGAGAUGUUUCUUUCUAGGCAGCCGUCACCGUCCAGUGUUGACUCACGGGAUUGUUACGGCUCGACACCCUUAUCGAUGGCAGCCUGUCACGGUCCUGGGAAGGCCGUGGAACUGCUGCUAAGGCACGAAAGCGUUCAGAUUGACUCGAAAGAUGACUUUGGGCGUACACCCCUUUGGUGGACAUUGCGAAACGCCAAUACCCAACUCGAAGAGCUUCUCAGGGGGGCUGCUGCCCGCACAGGUCUCACCCUACGCGGUGUCGAUUGCCUUCCCAAGCUUCGGGCGUUCAUUCUUGUCACGAGGGAGAUUUUGAUGUAUGCCUCGAAUGUUUCGACUAUGGGGCUCGGUGUCUUGAUUCUUCUCAUGUUCUAA